GUCCCCGCCUUUCUUACCUUUACCUCACCUCACCUGUCACCACGGCCUCUCUCCCACCACCAUCUCCAUCUCAUCACCGUCCCUCAGUCUCUCUUCCCAGGCCGCGCACACUAUUCCUCUAGCCGGGACCGCCAGUUGGUCCCCGCCUUUCGUACAUCAAUCGAUCGACCAUUUCGUUCCAUCCGUCUUUUGUCCCGUCUACUUGUUUCACACAGGCAAUCAGAAGCCCAUUCCUAGGGAACAGUCCCGUAAACCAAGUCAUAAUGCCCACCAUCCUACUGCCCGCCUCCGCGGCCGCUUUUGCACCACGGUCCACAUGUAAUGUCGUCCUCAACACAAAGGUCGAGCCAUGGUUGACCGCCACUCUGAAACGAAUCAACAAGAUCAAGCGUCCUCUCAACAGCGUUCCUCAGCACACACGGUGUCUGACCGAAACACUGUCUUCAACAAACGCCAUCUGGUCAUUGUGCUCCUUGAUGCUGCCCAAGGCUCCCGAGACCGAAUUACGAAAAGACUCCAACCCGUUGGUCGAGGCCCUCUUCAACUAUCAACUGGUUCACGUCGAAGCAUAUGUUGUUCACAUCGACAUGGUGUCGCAGAAUGAAGUUGCCUUCAAGUUAACCUCGGACACGAUUGAUUCGCUGGUCGAGUAUCACAAGGAAGUCUUUUCUAUCGACACGGCCGCCAAGACCUGGUCUUGGUCUGAGAAGGAACAACAACUGAAGAAACUGCAUGACGAGUUUGUACAGGCUGCCAACAAGUUUGUCUAUCGCACGAGUGCUCUUGCCUUGGAGGGAAUGGAAGAAGAUGGCGCAGGAGAGCUCCUGUGUGGCCGAAGUGACGAUGUUCGCCAGGCCAUCAUGGCACUCUAUGUCCCACUUUUGCCUCCUCCUCCCAGGGUAGUGGAUGUCAUCCGACCCACGCCUCUCUUGCCUAGUUCAACUGGUGUCGACCAGUGGUGGCCCUCGCAGCAUGUCGAAACCAUGCAGCCAGCCCCGGUGGAAGCAUGGAAGGUGGUUCCCUCAAGUCCCAGUCCUGUCUCAUCAUGUGACUCCCAUCACAACAUGUGGACAGGAGUGAGCAUGAACGAGGUUCAGCUACCGUCACCCACGCCUUCCUUCAGCCAACCUUACUCUACCGCAACGUAUUCGACCCCUCAAUAUUACAGCGCACCGGCGUUCUCGACACCUAUGACUACCUCAUCGUUUCCCUCCCUCCCUCUUCCAAGCAUGUUGGCUCAACAACCUUGUAGCACCACAGCAAGCUUGAGCACGUUCGGCUGGGAUCGGUAUCAAGAGUACACCAUGCCGUACGCGACGGCAAUGUAACUAUCAAAGUCGACGUCAAGGAUCGGGCAUGCCCGACUUGACACUUCUUAACUCUUCUUGAGAGGCAGUCACGCCGUCAACUGGGCCGUUUUCACAUCUCCACGAGGCGACGACGGCAAUGCAUACGGGCAAACAAAUCAUGAGCAUAAGGACUCUGGAGUUUACUGAUUGAACUUAGCGAUACAAGGAUACCACUCUGCAUUACACGGAACGGGGACACGGGAUAAUUAACGGGGACCAUGGUUAUUGUUUUGUUUUUGAUCGCAAGCGUCUGGAAUUUUGAAUCUCUCAUUUGUCAAUCCUGUUGGACAACUUACAGCGGCUGGUCGGCUGAUUAGUAUUGGUUAUGCAGAAUAUUCCUGGGUUGGAUACCGUCCCGCAUUUUCGCAAGAAGGGAAAGGCCUCGCGGCUGGGUUGCAGGGUUGGGAUACCAACCCCGGGUAUUUUGAGUGCCGCCGAGGUGGAGGCAUCUUCAACUAGCCAUGCAAGUCAUGGCGAUGUCGGAAUUCUCCCACAUGUCCAUUCUCGGGGAGCCAUUCACCGGAUGAUGGCUCCUGGGAUGGGACGGCGGCAGGGUGACACUCUUCACAUCGGGUAUGAGUUGAGUGUUGCCUCACUGGAGCACUACUGGUUGACAUACCAAGGUACGGUCAUGAUCGUAUCGCCUUGCAUCGCCCGUGGCGACGACGGCACAUCCGAGGGUCUGUGACUCUCGGUGAACGAGAAAGAACGUGAGACCUUGGUCUUGCCAACUUGAUAGACUACAGUGUAUAGGGUCAUCUCCUAUAACCUCGACCAGGAGUCGAGGUCGCCUCGUCUACUGGAUAGACUGAGGAAUCGGAUGCAGCAGGACUGUCCGAGGCGAAAGCCUCAAUACAUAUAAGGAUAAUCUUACAAACAAAAAUCAAUCAUUUUUUCAAGCCUGAAAA